AUGCACUCCUCCCUCGUCCGUCUUCAAAAUGUCUUUGGCUUCUUCACAACCGUCGCAUUCGUCGUAGCAGCAUUAAUCGCAGCAUCAGACCUAGCCGCACCUCGGACACCAAAAUCUAACAUCCAAGUAAAAGACGUAUCAGUUCUUAAAGGCCGUCCCCACUACUACUCCAACAAAAUUGAAGAAUACGCACAAAUCCGAUUCUCCCUUUCCGCAGACCUUUCCUCCUUGUUCACAUGGAAUACGAAACAGGUAUUUGUGUACGUCUCGGCGAGUUGGCCGAAUAGCACGUCUGUUGCGCUGUCGAACGAGGCGGUCAUUUGGGAUAUGAUUAUUACGAAUCCUUCGGCGGAUCAUUUGACGAAUCUGGGACCGUCGGCCAUGAAGAAGUUGAAGAGGAGUGCGAAGGGGAAACCUAUUGAUCCUUCUAGAGGAAAACUCGAAUUAAAGAACCAGAAGCCUAAAUACUCAAUUUCCGCACCGGGAGGGAAGUUGGCGCUCACGAACGAUGUGGUGUUGAAGGUUCAUUAUAAUGUCCAACCUUGGGUGGGAGUUUUGACUUGGACGCCACAGGUUGAGUUUUUGGGAUGGAAGAAGAUGAGAGGGGGUGUUAGUAAGGUGUUUUCGCUACCGGCUGUGAAAGCUAAGAAGCAGCCUGUAAAGAAGGAUUGA